AUUCUUCUUCUUCUGCUAUAAAAAUCAAUUAUUAUUCUCUCUCUCUACAGUUUCUUUCACCAUCUCUCAACGGUUACUUUCCAUAUUUUUUAAUGUUUCUUAACGGCUACUAGUUCUCUCUUCCCCUACCCCCCUCCUCCUUUACCAACCACUAAUACAUAUAUACAUACACACACACACACACAUAUAUACAUACAGAGUAAGCAGGGGAAGAAGAAGAAGAAGAAGAAACCAUGGAUUUCAGUUCGUUCUUGACGUCGUUAGGGACGUCGUUUAUACUAUUCCUGGUGCUGAUGUUUCUCUUCACGUGGCUCUCACGCCGACCCGGCAACCACCCCGUUUACUACCCGAACCGCCUGCUCAAGGGUUUGGACCCGUAUGAGGGUCUCCGGGCGCCCCGUAACCCGUUCGCUUGGAUCCGGGAAGCCCUCUCCUCUACUGAAGCUGAUGUCAUCAGAAUGUCCGGCGUUGAUUCUGCCGUCUACUUCGUUUUCCUCUCCACCGUUCUGGGGAUACUGGUUAUCUCCGGCGUAAUCCUUCUGCCGGUACUUUUGCCAGUCUCCGCCACUGCUCACACGGUGAUCAAGGCCGCCGUCGCCGCCGCCGCCAACAGCACCACCAGCCAAGGCAGUUUCGAUGACCUCGACAAACUAUCAAUGGGCCAUAUCGAAGAAGCAAGUCCUCGAUUGUGGGCAUUCCUAAUAUCCACAUAUUGGGUUUCCUUCGUCACGUAUUACCUCUUAUGGAAAGCAUACAAACACGUCUCGAAUCUCCGAGCCACCGCCCUUAUGUCUCCCGAAGUGAGAAACGAGCAGUUUGCUGUCAUUGUACGAGACAUACCCCCUGCCCCCGAAGGUCAAUCUCGAAAGGAGCACGUUGACUCUUAUUUCCGAGCAAUGUAUCCAGACACCUUUUACCGAUCAAUGAUCGUCACAGACAACGCAAAGGUCAACGAAAUUUACGAAGAGCUACAAGGGUAUAAGAAGAAACUUGCACACGCAGAAGCCGUAUACGCAUUAUCCAAGACAACCGCGAAACCUGAAGGAACAAAACCAACUACCAAAACCGGAUUUCUAGGCCUCGUUGGACAAAAAGUCGACGCAUUAGAAUACUACGACAAAAAAGUAAAAGAGCUCGUCCCCAAAUUAGAAGCCGAGAGAAAAGCCACACUAAAAGACAAACAACAAUGUGCAGCUGUAAUCUUUUUCAACAAUCGAGUCACAGCUGCAUCUGCUGCACAAAGUCUGCACGAUAAAACGGUCGAUGCUUGGACUGUAAUGGAUUCUCCACAGCCCCACCAAAUAAUAUGGUCGAAUCUCCCCAAAAGAUUCUACACAAGGAGGAUCCGACAGUACACGAUAUAUUUCAUCGUUUUUUUAACGAUUUUCUUUUACAUGAUUCCGAUUGGAUUUGUUUCUGCAUUGACCACUCUAGCGAACUUGGAGAAGUAUCUCCCGUUUUUGAAACCCAUUGUGGAGCAAACGACCAUCAAGACAGUGCUCGAGGCGUACUUGCCUCAAAUUGCACUUAUCGUAUUCUUGGCUUUGUUACCUAAGUUCUUACUUUUCUUGUCUAAACAAGAGGGCAUACCUUCCGAAAGCCACGCACAAAGAGCUGCUUCGGGGAAGUACUUUUAUUUCUCUGUCCUCAAUGUUUUCAUCGGUGUUACGAUUGGUUCGACCCUUUUCACUACGUUUAAGGAGAUCGAAGAGCAUCCGAAUUCUAUUGUAGAUUUACUAGCAAAGAGCCUACCCGGAAGUGCUACCUUCUUCUUGACUUUUGUUGCCUUGAAAUUCUUUGUUGGAUACGGGAUUGAGUUAUCGCGAAUAAUUCCUUUGCUAGUAUAUCACCUACAGAAGAAGUAUGUAUGCAAGAGCGAAAACGAGCUGAGAGAAGCGUGGGCCCCGGGGGAUCUUGGAUAUGCAACUAGAAUACCCGGUGAUAUGCUCAUUGUUACUAUCGUUCUUUGCUAUUCCGUUAUUGCCCCUCUAAUUAUCCCGUUCGGAAUUGUCUAUUUUGGCUUGGGAUGGCUCGUGCUACGAAAUCAAGUACUCAAGGUUUAUGUACCUAAAUACGAGAGCUACGGGAGAACGUGGCCCCACAUGUAUAUUCGAAUAAUGGCUUCGUUGAUGCUUUAUCAAGUAACAAUGUUGGGGUACUUUAGUGCAAAGAAAUUCGUAAAAGGAGCUCCACUUGUGAUCUUGCUUCCGAUUUUCUCGAUCAUUUUUAUUUUGGUGUGCAAUGAGAAAUUCUACCGAUCUUUCGCGUUCACUCCACUUGAUGUAGCUUGCAGAGAAUUGAAGGAAACUCCAAAUAUGGAAGUUAUAUUUAAGUCGUAUGUUCCGCCGUGCUUGCAUUCGGACAAGGGCGACGACGAGGAUCAGUUUGAAGACCAUGCUCUUUCUCAGGUUACGAAAACGGGGUCCGCAGUUUGAUGUGCGUGCGUGUUUAUUUGUUUUAAUUUUCUCUUACGUUUGUGAUUUAUAUGUGUUGCCUAGGAUGUUUUUUGUUUCUUGUUAGUUUCUACUGUGUUUACAUAUAGUAGGGAAUUGUGUUUGUUUAGUAGGAUGAUCUUUUGUGAAGAAAAUGAAUUUGUUAUUUAUUGUAGUUUGUUGCCACGUGCCAUAAUUGGUGUACAUUUGUGCUGCUGAAUUAUAUUUAUGACAAACUAAUGAAAUGUAUUUUUAGUA